AUGCAUAUUUGCAUUAAAGAUCUAAUGUAUACUUUCGUUUAUUCUCAUCCCAAUAAAGCAUUUCUAGUAAGAGUCUUUGGCAGAUAUUUGUUUGGUCUAUGCAUGAAACGCUAGAAGGAUUCAAACGUGUAACACGUUUACUAAAGUUGAUAAAAGAAUUCAUGCAAAAUUUGUUAGAGAUCAUUAAGUACUCUGACUCUGAUGUUACAGGAUGUCAAGGUAGCAUAAACUCUACAUCAGGUUACCCUUCAGUGUUGGGUAGAGUUCAAAUCACAUCUUGCGCUUCCUAUUAUGGUUGCAAAUUUUUUGUCACUAGAAUGACAUUGGUAAGUUAUUAAAGGUUAACAGUGACAAUAAUUUGAUAGUGAUACACUAUCAUUACCAUGGAUUUCAGAAGUCAAAUAUAUUGACAUCAAGUUCCUGGUGGUUAAGAUAAAGUUCAAAAUAGAUAAGUUUCUAUUGAACAUUAAGGAAAUGACUAAUGCUAGCUUAUCCAUUAGCCAAUGGUUUGACACAUAAAGUUUUUUCAUGAGCAUAUUGCUCACAUGAGUGUUAUUCCGGAUGGUACCUUGGUUUAGUGGGAGUCGUUUAAGUAUGUUCAAUAGUUAUGACUAAACUAAUUUCUGCAGAAUAAAGUGAUGGUUUUCUAUAGUCUAUUUGAAAAUUGAAGUGCCUUCAGUUAUACAGUGAUCAUAUUGUAUGAAGGAAUUUCAGUUAAUCUCACUAAGGACUAAAGUAGGACCAGUUGGAAAUAGGCAUGUUCAGAUCACAUUGCAUGUAAAUUUCAUGCCACUCAUCCAUAUUUGAUCUAUGUCAUUGAGUGUAUUGGUGUGGUGAUCAUGGUGGUUUAAUCAUUAUCGUAUUGUGAUUAAAGUCGCGUUGGUUCCAUUAUUGAUACAUGAAGUGGACCAGAUUGUUUCAGGAGAUGUCUAAGUACAAAUAGCAUACGGUUGCGCGCCUACAGAAUUAUGUGAUAUGAUUUUUUCAAGAAAAAUAUGCAACCCAAGUGGGAGAUUGUUAGGAAAUUCCAUUUCCUAAUUAAUUAUAUGGGCCACAUAUUUUACACAAUCAUAUUAGCUAUUUGUUUAAGUGGGCUAAUUGUAAGUGAUCUAAUUGAGGAGCCCAAGACUAAUCAAACUCAAUAUGGAUCCAAUGGGUGGAAACCCAAUACUUGGUCACCUUGGGUUUUAUGGGAGCCCAUGGUGAUUAGUUGACGACUCGAUAUUUGCACAUGUUUUCCCCUUUGUUUCUUGAUCGUUUGAGAUUUAAUUAUCGUGUCUUUGGCCUAUUUUAUGAUAGGUUGUGUUCCUUUGUCACAUUUCAGGUCCUAGCACAUAAAGUGAAGCAUAGGCACAAGUUUCAAGUCAAUCAGAGAUCAAUUGGCGAUUAGGGAGAAGAAACUCGGGCAUGACCUGAAGAAGAAUGGAUUUAUACCUCACUUUAAGGACAAAUAAUCAUGCAAGGUAGUCAUUAAAAGAAAGAGGACGAGACUACGAGCGUCUGGGAUCAAACGGCGACUGAUUCGGAGUCCGGACGAGGGAGAAACGAAGCAUUGAAUAUAGGGGAACAGGUUCGGCAGUAAAAACACGGGCACGCCUAAAUCAAAACACGGCCGUGCCCAGAUUUAGGCACGACCGUGUUUUGGCCGACGCGCGCGGGCGUGUUUUUAACACGGGGCAAAACACAGGCGGGCAAAAGCAAAACACGGCCGUGUCCUCGACAGUGUUUUGCCCAGAAUCAGGUUUUUUAAGCCAAUUUCGAGCCAAAGGAGAGGGGGAACUGGGUUUUGGAUCCCAAACACCCAAGGGACGAACCAAAGAGAGAAAGGGAGAUCUGAGGGCAUUCUAAGAGUGGAAUUGGAUGACUUCUUUGCCUUGGAAGCUCGAGGAACAAGCCCGGACUUGAAGACUGAUAAUCUGAAUAUUCUUACUGCAGUCUCUCUCUUCUCUAUGGAGUAACUUCCCUUCACUUAGGUUUUGAGGAACCGUAGCUAUGUUUGUUUGAUUGGAUGAUUGUAUGAGUACUCUGACUUGAUAAUCUCGAGUUCAUAUUCAAUCUAUGCAUGUUUUCAUGAUUCAAUUCUGCUUUAGUCGAGAUUAUUGAUUCUGCUUUGAUCCUAUGAGAGCGAAUACCUGAUUAGGUCAAUAGAGCACCAUAGAUUGAUAGUAGUGGAUCGAUUGCUUUAGUCGAGGGUUGAUUCACUGCUUUGUAUCGAUUGAGAACCUCUUUCGAUAGAGGGAGUCUAGUUCAGAACGCCUUGAUCAGUUGUUCUAGAGAAGGAUACGUCCCUCUAGGCAAUUGACUCAAGAGGGCCUUGUUCCUUUAGUCGAGACUCAAGGUCUAGUCAAGGAUUCUCCGCAUUUUGAAUGAAAGUGAAACAAGUUAGAAAUCAUCAAUCGUUAAUCUGGCUAGUGGCUAGGGGGAAUCAUACCUAAGUGAGUUCCCAACGUGUAAUUAGAUUAACUUUAACUGUAGUUUGCUAGAGUAGUUUUAGUUCUUUCAUCUUAAUCUGGUUUGCUAAAUAAUAAACUGAAGCUGAGUAAUAGUAACUCUAGACACCCAUGGAUUCGAUAUUUAUAACUUGAGCCACUAUACUGCAGUCCCUUUCAUUGGUUACACUUGGCCAUUGUUAGGUGUUGUGUCGUAGCGAGUCAAGUUUUUGGCGCCGUUGCCGGGGACUUUCUAUAGUAUUAGGAAAGGCAGAAGCUUGUUACUUUAGCGUUUUUCUUUUCUUUUCUUUUCCACCCUUGCUUUUCACUUGGGUGUUUUUGUUUCUCUUGGUGCAGAUUUGAAUCAUGGAUCCUCAUGGCUUCUCUAAUCAUUGGGGGUAUCCACCACCAUCCGAGUGGUAUUACCCCGAGACUCCCUGGAGCAAUCAAGGAGGAGAAGACUAUGGAUUCGGGUUCCGGUACCAACCCCCUUACUACGGAGAACAACCGGACCCCUGGGCAUAUCCAGAACAACCUCAUUAUCAAGAAGAAUUUCUCCCACAACCAGAAGGGCCAUCGGAGCUGGAGUUACCCAUGGCGGCCUUCACGGGCCAUUCUGCAGAGCCAUGCUACACUCCACAGCCAGAUCCAAACUAUGAAUUGAGGCUUCUCAUGGAGCAUUUUGCUCGAGAUUGUGAGAGAUCAUGCUCCAGGAUGAAUCAUUGUGUCCAGGCCUAUCGUGAAAUAGAGGAGAUCCUCCUGAGCCUUAAGAAGAGCACCGAUGAUCUUGAGGGAUCUUUCGCACAACCUGCUCCAGAUCACCCUUCUGCUACCAUACAAGAAGAGGAGGAGGAAGAAGAAGGCUACAAGGACAUAGUGGAGCACACUGAAGUUGUCACGGAGAGCUCCCGUGAUGAUCAUGAUCAGAAAUGUCAUAUCAUAGCCGACCACACUUUCCCACAUCCCAAACUGAGCUUUGAAGAGGCGGGCAUGAGUGAGGAGAUGCAAGAAGAUCUCAUGAAAGAAAUUUCUUGGCAACUUGCUCUCCAAUCCGUGCUAGAAGAAGAAGAGCAAGAAAGGGUGCAGAAAGAAGUUGUGGAGGAUGACGAAAAUGAAGCAGGAGGAGUUCUUGAUCAUUUCCCAGGGGUGAUACCACAUGAACAAGGAAGGGAGGUUGAAGAAGCAAUUGGCGUCCAGGCUGAGGACGAAGUUGAGGUGGAAGAGGCUUGCACCGGCCAUGAGUUACAUUUGAUAUCUCCACCAAACUUCGAGGAACUACUUAGCAAAGAUCCAUUUGCAGUGUCUCUUUGCCAUACCAAGGUCACGUCGACAUCGGUCACUCUUGGUGGACGCGAUGGUGGUCAAUCGAUGCUGUCAUAUCUGGUUUGGGGCAAUGAGACGAGAAAAGAGAAGAAGAGGUCUCGAGGGUGGAGACUUCAUCCGCAUCAAGUGCACGAGCUUCCAUCACCCGUCAUACCACAUGCUCGUGACUUGAGACUCCACCUCAUUGACGAGAACCUCAACUUCAAGGAGGUUUUGGGGUGGACCGAAACUUAGGAGCCAUCGUCCGGCUCACGACGUGAAAGAAGCGCUUGUUGGGAGGCAACCCAACCAGUCGGUUUGCAUUUCUUUCUCUUUUUCUCCUCGGUUGAGUAAGUUUUGUUAUUUGAUUUUAGAGUCAAUAACUCAACCUUUGUGAGAUUUUGUGUGGUGUUUGUGGUCUGACCACUCUCUCCUCCUGGAAUACACCGCCUGCCCCGUCCACCAUCAUUCACCCUAGAUCUGGUAACUUCGUUCUACCCUCCUUAUCUUUCCUCCAUUGAGGACAAUGUCGUGCUUAAGUGUGGGGGGAUGUUCGAUUAUGUAUGCGGGUGAAUGUUCGGCUGUUUGUGUGCUUGGAGCCUAGUCCACUGUCCAAAUUUUUAAAUUUGAGGGCUCCAAGUACGUGUUUCCUUGCAAAUUGCCUGCUCAGUAUGCUUUAAAUUGACAGUCUCUAUAGUAAUGUGCAACUUAGGGAGGUAGGGUAGCACUAUGGAGGAUGUUGAAGUAUAAGAUUUUUCCUAUCUAGCUCUCUGUUGUGCCAGUUGAUUUUGUGAAUUAGUGGAGCUAAGACCGUUGAAUUCAUGUGGUAAUGGUGACUAUGUUUGGAUUGUGUUAUGGACUCGUGUAUCGAACAGGGUGCUCAUGUGAAAAAUGAAAAGCAGUUGGUCCUCCAUGUCAAAAUCAUAAAAUCUUAAACAUGGGGUAAGCCCAAUGUGUGCGGCACCGUUCAUUGCACCAAAUCGGGUUUUGGAAGAGAUUUUAGUGAUCCUUAGUGGGGUACUCCUACAAGGUGAAGCUAAGCUGUCUCUAGUACAAGUAAAACUUCCACCCGUUGAACGGUUUGCCUACUUGACGAUGUGUUUUUAAGGGCACGGAUAGAGCUUCCGACCCCCUUAAUUUCAUUGACCCUCCACACGAGUUGAGGAAAAGGAGUUAAAAGAAGUACUCUGGCGAGCGCCAGGUGUACAGAAAUUGCUCUUGCUCGACUAAUAAGGGUCGACCGUGCAAAAGACUGCAGUUGGAACCCCCGGCAAGUGAAUGAAAUAAGAAAAAAAAAUAAAGUAAAAUGAAAGCGAAAAGGGGUUCCAACGGUGAAAUGAAGUGAAAGAGCACCCCGGUACAACGAGUCCUUGGUUGUGAAUGGUGUGAGUCCCUUUAUCCAUGAACUGACUGUCUUACUUCUACUUCUUCUCAUGAUCCUGGCUUGAGUCUGGUACUCGCAUUGAGAGAGAUAGGGAACGUCUUAGAAGACCAGUUGACCUCGUAAGCUGCUAUAUGAUCUAGGAAAUCCUCUACCGACGAUCGGGAUUUUAUGUUCCUAUAGAGGUCUGGAAAGCUGCAUUGGUUUGAGUUAGGUUUGCUUGGGGACAAGCAAACGGUUAAGUGUGGGGGGAUUUGAUGACUCGAUAUUUGCACAUGUUUUCCCCUUUGUUUCUUGAUCGUUUGAGAUUUAAUUAUCGUGUCUUUGGCCUAUUUUACGCUAGGUUGUGUUCCUUUGUCACAUUUCAGGUCCUAGCACAUAAAGUGAAGCAUAGGCGCAAGUUUCAAGUCAAUCAGAGAUCAAUUGGCGAUUAGGGAGAAGAAACUCGGGCAUGACCUGAAGAAGAAUGGAUUUAUACCUCACUUUAAGGACAAAGAAUCAUGGAAGCUUGUCAUUAAAAUAAAGAGGACGAGACUACGAGCGUCUGGGAUCAAACGACGACUGAUUCGGAGUCUGGACGAGGGAGAAACGAAGCAUUGAAUAUAGGGGAACAGGUACGGCAGUAAAAACACGGGCGCGCCUAAAUCAAAACACGGCCGUGCCCAUAUUUAGGCACGACCGUGUUUUGGUCGACGCGCGCGGGCGUGUUUUUAACACGGGGCAAAACACGGGCGGGCAAAAGCAAAACACGGCCGUGUCCUCGACAAUGUUUUGCCCAGAAUCAGGUUUUUUAAGCCAAUUUCGAGCCAAAGGAGAGGGGUAGCUGGGUUUUGGAUCCCAAACACCCAAGGGACAAACCAAAGAGAGAAAGGGCGAUCUGAGGGCAUUCUAAGAGUGGAAUUGGAUGAUUUCUUUGCCUUGGAAGCUCGAGGAACAAGCCCAGACUUGAAGACUGAUCAUCUGAAUAUUCUUACUGCAGUCUCUCUCUUCUCUAUGGAGUAACUUCCCUUCACUUAGGUUUUGAGGAACCCUAGCUAUGUUUGUUUGAUUGGAUGAUUGUAUGAGUACUCUGACUUGAUAAUCUUGAGUUCAUAUUCAAUCUAUGCAUGUUUUCAUUAUUCAAUUCUGCUUUAGUCAAGAUUAUUGAUUCUGCUUUGAUCCUAUGAGAGCGAAUACCUGAUUAGGUCAAUAGAGCACCAUAGAUUGAUAGUAGUGGAUCGAUUGCUUUAGUCGAGGGUUGAUUCACUGCUUUGUAUCGAUUGAGAACCUCUUUCGAUAGAGGGAGUCUAGUUCAGAACGCCUUGAUCAGUUGUUCUAGAGAAGGAUACGUCCCUCUAGGCAAUUGACUCAAGAGGGCCUUGUUCCUUUAGUCGAGACUCAAGGUCUAGUCAAGGAUUCUCCGCAUUGUGAAUGAAAGUGAAACAAGUUAGAAAUCAUCAAUUGUUAAUCUGGCUAGUGGCUAGGGGGAAUCAUACCUAAGUGAGUUCCCAACCUGUAAUUAGAUUAACUUUAACUGUAGUUUGCUAGAGUAGUUUUAGUUCUUUCAUCUUAAUCUGGUUUGCUAAAUAAUAAACUGAAGCUGAGUAAUAGUAACUCUAGACACCCGUGGAUUCGAUAUAUAUCACUUGAGCCACUAUACUGCAGUCCCUUUCAUUGGUUACACUUGGCCAUUGUUAGGUGUUGUGUCGUAGCGAGUCAUUAGUAUAUAAGGAACUCUUGAGGUUGUGGUCCCCAACACACCAAGACCAAACACUCUCUUCUUCUCCCCAUCAGGAAGAUCAGAGGAUUCGCGUAGAGGAAAUGAGGCGGCUUGGUUGAGGAAGAUUACAGAACCUCCCGGGUCGUACUCUCAGAAGUAUCGUCCGGCGUUAGAUUGAUGUCCAAUUCCGCAUCAAGAUCGAGACGAUUAUCCGACACGAAUUCGGGUAAUUCCACAAACCUUUGAUUAUCUAACAAGAUGAUUCUAGUGAAUUGCUAAUGGCAAAUUCAAUUUCUUUCAAAACAUGCCACCCAUUUUCUUGAGCUAAAUUAAUACACAGUACGAGUAUCUAGUCUCGGCACCUCUCCGAUUGAGUAAGGAAAACCAAAACCCUUAUGUUAUUCAAAGCUUUCAUUGGCAAUAAUUUCUUCUGGGCACUUUUACUAUGCUAUAUAGCACUGGUGUUUUAAUGUAUAACUUGAAGUUGUACCAUAACAUUAAAUGUAUAAGUUUAGG